AUGCCUUCAGAAAUCUCUAGUGAUGAUGGAGGGCUUCACAAAUCUCUAUUUGACUUCUAUAUGGAUCAUAAAGUGAAAUGCUUAAAGAGGAAGUUAUCAUGUGUUGGAAGAAGAAACAUGAAACUGAAGUUGUCUACUGAUUUCCCUGCUUGUUCUACUUUCACUAGAUAUUCUGGGAAGUUUUUCUCAGGUGUCGUCGAUGGUUUGUGUCCAAGGUAUAAGGAUGUCAUUGAGAAUUAUGGCAUCAGUUGUCUUCUUAGUUUUGUGAGGACUAAGGUCCCUCUUAGGCUUGUCAAGUGGCUUGCGUGUAGAUUUGAUGUCCCUUCCUCUAAAUUCAAGUUAAAAAGAAAAUUUAUCCCCCUCACCAAGUAUGACAUCCAAGGUAUCCUUGACCUCCUAGUAGAAGGUGAGCCCCUAGUUUGUGAUCCUGAGUCUGGCCAUGAUUUUAUCCUCUCUCAUGCCAAUCUUACCAGUAUUCCUCCAGUGUCCUUUUUCACCAACAAGCUUAAGUCUCUUGAAGUCGAGUUGCCUGAUGAGGAUGUUUUCAUUUGUUUCAUGAUUGUUGCUUUCUCCUCAUUUCUUUGUCCCAACUCUAGCCUCAGUCCUAGCCCAAAGUACCUCCAUAUAUUCAGGGAUUGUCGGUCUGUGUGUACCUAUGAUCUGUCACAGUUUGUUUUGAGUGGCUUUUGA